AAUUAUUUUUAAAUUUUAUAACUAGAUACAGAAGAAACAGAAAAGCACAAAAUAUUGCAUAUAACCCCACUAUGCAGAGAAGACCAGUUAACAAUCUGAUGCCACUUUAACUUUUGCAGAACUUGGAAUUGAACCCAGGGGCACUCUACCACUGCUUUACACGCAGCCCUUUUAAGACAAGGUCUUGCUAAUUGAGUUGCCCAUGCUCUCUGGCCUCGAAUUUGUGAUCCUCCAGAGUAGCUAGAAUUACAGGUGCAACCAAUCACGGUUCGUAUUUUUUUCCGGUACCGCGGAUUGAACCAGGGGUGCUUAACAACUAAUACACUAUUCCUAUACCUUUUAUCAUUUAUUUUGAGACAGGGUCUCACUAAACUGACGCUGGCCUCAAAUUUGUGAUUCUUCUGCCUCAACCUCCCGGAGUCCCAGGAUUACAGACGUCCGCCACUGUGCCCAGUUCAUAUUUUACUUCUUAAAGGCGAGCGCCCUCUUCUGUUUGGCUAAAUUCUUACUGGAAGCAGCAUGUCGCUGGGGAAGGUUUCGCAGGUGCUAGUUGAGGACUGAGAUUUAAGCACUUGUCAUUUCAACGAACGAAAAUAAUGGACAGAGAAGAUUGCAUGAUCUCCGAAUUAGAAAGUCGGGCCUCGGAAGUGACACGACUUUUCAGUAGGUUCUGCGAAAAGAAGCAGGAAUCGAGAAGGCCCCGACGGGCGAGGAGCGGUCACAGAUGUCUCAGCAGCCAAUUAAAGCACUAGCAGCCGGGGGGCGGAGCCUGAGAGAGGCCGGACCUGCGGAGGCGCGGCCUUAUGACGCGACGUCACACUUCCCUGUCUGGCAGACUAUUGGUUCCCUUUUACCAUCCUUUUCCGGGGCAAGGGAAACUAGUCUCAGAGCCGGAAGUGAGGUACCUUCGAGUUCCAGAUAGCGGUGGCGCUUAAAGCUGAGUGAUCCUGGUACCAUUGGAGACGCCCUGCUCCUCCAUUCAGGCUCCAUCCUGAGCUAGGAGAAGCCCCCAGAAUUCUGGCGACCUAUAGAAGAGAAUUGAGUCAGAUCGCAGCGUAUCCGGCGCACCACCAAAGAGCCGAAUCAGAGGGCCCCCGGAAACCCGCCUCCAGGAGGGGUCGGGAAGUCUCUCCAAGGUGGAAGAAGCCUGCAGGAACAGCCCUGGGGCGGAGACGRGGCCAUGGCCACGCCUCCGGGGGCCGGCCCCGCUACUUUGCGCUUCGCCGCGGCAGCCAGCUGGCAAGUAGUGCGCCAACGCAGCGUGGAGCACUUUCCGAGAGUACUAGAAUUUUUGGGAUCCCUGCGCGCUGCUGCUCCAGGCUUGGUUCGCUACCGGCACCAUGAACGCCUUUGUAUGGGCCUAAAGGCCAAGGUGGUGGUGGAGCUGAUCCUUCAGGGCCGGCCUUGGCCCCAGGUCCUGAAUGCCCUGAAUCACCACUUCCCAGAAUCUGGACUUGUAGUGCGGGACCCUAAAGCUACAAAGCAGGAUCUGAGGAAGAUUUUGGAGGCACAGGAGACUUUUUGCCAGCAGGUGAAGCAGCUGUCAGAGGUCCCUGUAGAUUUGGCUUCAAAGCUGCAGGAACUUAAACAAGAGUAUGGGGAACCCUUUCUGGAUGCUAUGGAAAAGCUGUUUUUUGAAUACAUGUGUCAGCUGGAAAAAGCAUUGCCUUCAGUGCAGACACAGCAGCUUCAGGAUGUGCUGAGUUGGAUGCAGCCUGGAGUUUCUAUCACCUCUUCUGUUGCCUUGAGCCAAUAUGGUGUGGACAUGGGGUGGCCACUUCCAGAGUGCUCUGUUUCUGAUUCAGUGAACCUGACAGAGAUGGAACAAAAUCCUCCUCUGCAACAGGCACUAGCACCCCAUAGUCCUCUGCCAAAAGCCAAGCCUGGCCCUCAGGGACCAGCUUCAAGGAAGCACCCAGAACGUUUGGCAGGCCACCACUUCAAUUUGGCUCCUCUGGGCCAGCGAAGAACCCGGUCCCAAUGGACAUCUGCUAGGGAAGGCCAUAAGGAGCGCCCAAUGGUCAUGCUGUUCCCCUUUAGAAAUUUGGGCACACCAACCCAGGUCAUAUCUAAAUCUGACAGCAGGGAAGAGCACGGAAUUCAUACAGUAGACCCAUCAGAUGCUGUGGGCACAAGAACAGCCAUCACGGGGAAGUCUAAGAGUCCAUCUCAGAUCCUGGGGGAAAGUGCUCUAAAGGAGAACCCUGCUGACUUAUCUGCCUCAGAGCAAAAAGAGAAUUGCUUGGAUUGCUAUAUUGACCCACUGAGACUAUCCUUAUCACCUCCUAGGGCCAAGAAUCCAGUGUGUUCCCCAUCUCUGUGCAGCUCUGUCAUUACCAUAGGAGACUUGGUUUUGGACUCUGAUGAGGAAGAAAAUAGCCAGAGAGAAGGAAAGGAGUCUCUGGAAAACUAUCAGAAGACAAAGUUUGACACUCUGAUUCCUACCUUCUGUGAAUAUCUCCCCACUUCUGGCCCCAAUAUGGUGCCCACUGCUUCCUGUGACCACCUACGCAGCUCUAGACCCUUGUGAUAGCACUGGAAUGCCCUCUUCCUCCUUGGUCUUUAGGCAGUUUAGUGGGAAUGAAGUGGAAACCAGAUUUGGAUUGUCUGACUACAUUACUAAGAACUUUGUGAUGCUUGAUAAUUAAACUUUAGAUUUGUUACAACA